AUAUUCGCAACCGCCUCAAUUCUUUUGGCCCUCAGUUUUUAGAUUCUCUUCCUCGUAUCCCUUACUUGUAUCCUCUUAUCAAGUUCAUUUAUUGCGCAAUCAAGGUGUACUUUGUGCUGCGACUUGAUAAUGACGAUAUGUCACCAUCACCAAUUGCAAACGCAGCUGCAGUGUACUCCAACAUGAACUCAUCUUUCUUGCUUGAUCAGGCCUACAACAUCUCGGACCUUAAGCGUGAAGCCUUCCAGUAUCUGCGGGAAAUCCAUCCGUACCUGCGGUCGGCAGUCAGCCACCAGAGCGUUCAGGACUUUGAGCGAUUUUUGCUACAAUCACAAUCUUCUGGGGCCUCGCAAACAAACGAUUUCCCCUUGCCUGUUCCUCCACCAAUGUAUUACGACCCGUCGUUAAAUGCGGGGGUUCCUCAGCAGUCCAAAGAGGCGCAGCAGGAAGAAAAUGUGGACCGCACAUAUGCAUUUAAAAACUCAAUAGAUCCCGUGACUCAGAUGCGUGGAUGUGCACUUUGGAUGAUGGCGGUGGUUGCUGGGACUGAGGAGGAGCAACAGCUUUUGCGCGACAACUUUCAUGAAUUGUACUCAAGAGUCCCCAAACAUUCGCUCGGAUAUAUGUUGGAAUUUUGUGAGCUCAUGUGGAAACUUAAGCCUGCACAGGGUACUACUGGAACUAUUCGUAAUGAGCAGUCAGUAUCUGGUCAAACUAACAUGUACAACAACAACAGUAACAACUCACGCCAAGAUAUGGCGUUCCGACCUGGACCCAAUGGGAUGCCAUCGCAACUGCCACCUUUGGGAUAUAACCCAGUACAGGGUGGUCCUCAGCCAAUGCUUGGGGACCAAAUGUAUACUGGAGCAAAUGGGGAGUCUCACGAUGGAGGGUUUUCGGCUGAAGAAAAGGAACAGCAGAUGCUACGAGUAAUUGUGGAAGCAAUGCUGCGGCCUGGUGAAAGUACCAUUGUGCCGGGGACUGAUCGGAUCAAACCCGAGUACCUGCGGCUAUUUACAGAAAUGUCUCGCCGGGAUAUGCUGGCCUUGAUAGUGCACACAUGCGGGCCAUUCAUUAGUAUAUAA